AUGUCCUCUUGGGACCCUCUUUCGGUAUGUGCCGCGAGAGGCACCUGGAAGACCGCGCCGCCUCAAGACGAACGCAACGGCAAACGCUCCUUUCCGAAGGCGGCGGCGGCUCCACGCCAGCGCAAGCGCUGCCGGCCCGUCCGUGGGAGCGCAUUCGCCCCGCAGCCGGGCCCUCGCACCCCCAAGAGUUGCGUUUCGGUCACGCUGGGACCACCCGCGCCGCGCCCCUCUCUUGGGGAAGCCCGGCGCCACGUAAUACUUAAGAUUUUCAGCAGAAAAGUGUGUGUUUGUAAAAGCUUUACAUUUUGUUGCAUUUCAGAUCGCCUUUAUUUUGCAAUUCUCUGCCAAAAACCAAAGAGUGGAGCUGCAAAUACCCAUUAUUUCUGCACAGAUGAUGAACUUGUAUAUGAGAACUUCUAUGCAGACUUUGGGCCACUCAAUCUUGCAAUGGUCUACAGAUACUGCUGCAAGCUAAAUAAGAAAUUAAAGUCAUUUUCAUUGAUAAGGAAGAAAAUAAUUCAUUAUACUGGCUUUGAUCAGAAAAAACAAGCAAAUGCUGCAUUCCUCAUAGGCUCCUACGCAAUAAUAUACCUGAGAGAAUCUCCAGAAGAUGUGUACAGGCUUAUAUUGGCUGGAAGCAUUUCGUAUCUUCCUUUCAGGGAUGCUUCCUUUGGUACUUGCAGCUUUCAUCUGACAUUGCUGGACUGUUUUUAUGCAAUAAACAAGGCUUUUCGGUAUGGUUUCCUGGAUUUCAAUACAUUUGAUGUAAAUGAAUAUGAGCAUUAUGAAAGAGCAGAAAAUGGAGAUUUUAACUGGAUAAUACCAAACAAAUUCAUUGCCUUCAGUGGACCUCAUUCAAGAAGUAAAAUUGAAAAUGGCUAUCCCCACCAUGCCCCAGAGGCUUAUUUCCCAUACUUCAGGAAACAUAAGGUCACCACUAUAAUACGCCUCAACAAAAAACUGUACGAUGCCAAACGAUUUACAGAUGCCGGAUUUGAGCAUUUUGACCUCUUCUUUGCUGAUGGAAGCACACCUGGUGAUACUAUAGUUAAAACAUUUCUAAAUAUUUGUGAAAAUGCUGAAGGUGUUAUAGCUGUUCAUUGCAAAGCUGGUCUUGGACGAACUGGUACACUUAUUGCCUGUUAUAUUAUGAAGCAUUAUCGGAUGACAGCUGCUGAAACUAUUGCCUGGAUUAGAAUAAAUAGACCUGGUUCAGUGAUUGGACCACAACAACAUUUCCUGAUGGAGUAAGUAGAUUGACUAUAUUUUUUUUUUUUUUUUUUCCGUGCAAAGUUGAGAGGAAACCGUAAAAUUGCUGUAACAAGAAUUCUGUCAGGAGUAGAUGAUAUUUCGAUCAAUGACAGAAGAGACAGGAGAACCAUCCAAAAGGACAUUGAGCUGUACAGCGAUGAAGAUGAAACAAACUGUGUAACUCAAGGUGAUAAGCUUCGUGCACUGAAAAGUAGAAGGCAGGCAAAAACUCCAACUGCAUCUCCUCUAACAGUAAUUCUGCAGUCCCGUGUUCAGAAAAAUAAAACCUCUGAACCUAGCAUUUCUGACAGUACAGACAUUACUAAAAGAACUACCAGGUCUGCUGCAAGAAAAAACAGUUUAAAAAGCAGGCAAUCCAUCCUAAGGACUAGAACAGUAUUGCAUUGAAUUUCAAGUAAGCAACCAGUGUUGAAGAGGCUAUUCAGCAGUGAAGGGGAUGUGACUAGAGGGGACUUGAUGCAAUUCAAGGAAGAUUACUGUGGCUCCAUUUUUCAGCAAAAGUGAACCAGAAGAAUUUCUUCCGUACUUGUAGAAUAAAAUGGACUGACAUUUUUGGUAGACACUUUCUUUAUGUGCUAACACUUCCUCAAACAAAACCAACAAAAUCUGUGUACAUUCAGACUCAGGUGUAAAUAUUUAAGCUCUCUAUUAUAAAGAGGGCUUGCUAGUAUGUAUGAUGCAUGUGUAUAAACUGUGAUGGCAAUCACUUAGCUGCUGACCACCAGAAAUGAAAAGAUGGUGGGAGCUUUUAAAUAUAUAAAUCUGUGUUGUCCAUUCAGACUUGGCUCAAGUCUCCACUUAAGACUGAAAAUCAACCACAAAAGCUUUUUUAUUAUAGUAUUGGUACUCUCCUGUGUUAAUUGGCUAUUCUUUCUUAUUUUGUAUGAAUUUUUUAAUGAAGCUGCAGUAUUGAGUACACAAAGUAACAUCCACCAAAGAGUGCUUUAUUUUCAAAGGUUGUGUGGUUUGUUUAUUUUGAAAAAAUAACUAUAAGCAAUUAACUCGUUUUUAAUAGAAAUAGAUUUUUAUUUGUUCACAACCAAUGGCUCUGUUAACUAGUUGUAAUUGCUUUAAAUCUGGUAUGAUUUUAAGGGGGAGGAAAAACAGCUUACCAUUUAAAGCAGUGCUGUCAUAUUGAAGUGUCAUUACUGUUUCUUUUGCUAUCUUUAAGUCUUUUAGGUGAGACUUCAGAUUAGCACAUCUAAAAGGUAAGAAUUGUUCCUGGGUUUUAUUAGAACACUUGAUAACAUGUGGUUGUCACUGGUUUUUAGCUUUGAGACACUUAGCAUGUGUCACACACUUAAAAGGGAAAAUAAGCUUUCUGUACAACUGAGAAUGGUAGGGGAGCUCGGGGGCAGGAAUAGUUUUUAACAUCCAAUUAACACUUUACAAACUACAGCUUACCUAUAUUAAGAAGCAGUGUAAUUUUUAAACAAAUCUGUCUGAGACUGAAAUUUUUAUCCACUACAAGACUGUCUUCAAACACUGGGAGUGCUUUUUCCCUACCACUUUUCACAUUAUGAAAUCUCAAAGCUGGCUUUGGAGUAAUCAUUCCUUGUCUGCCAGCUGAAGUUUAUAGCUGUAUAUCCUUCAGAUGAGGACUGUUACCACAUAGCCUUAACUAUGAUACAGUUAUCUGUUGGUUUAGUGACUCUUGCAGUAGAAAGUAGAAGAAAUUGAGAUAUCUGAAGUGUUAGCAAUGAAAUAACUGAAGUUUUUAAAGAUACAGAUUACAUCUGCAACAGGGAGAAUUUUCUUUUUACGAAUGUCAGUGGGCAGGUUCAGUGACUAGUUUCAGUCUAGAUCCUUGAAAAUUAAGCUUUCUAUUAGGCUGGGGAUUUUUAAAUGCCAGUAUGAAUAAUCACACAUUGGCUUGUAAAUAUUUUGUGGAAAAAACAUCAUGAGUUGGAGGGGAAGCAGAAUGUGAAGUGUAAGUAAGCUUACAGGUAGCAGCCGUGAGUUUGAACAGUCAAAAUUUGCAAGUGUGAACACAAAGAAUACAGAAGAGGCUCAGACCUGAAAUAUUUUUUAUUUUCCUCUUAAUCUUCACACUCCCCCCGAUUUGUUCCAGGUAAAAAGCACCUAAAAGAGGGACUGAAUUAACCCUGAAAGUCUUGUCUUUUUUUUUUUAAGCCACUUGCCCAAAAGCUGAAGUAUGGAUAACCACAAUAAUAGGUAUCAUGUGCAAAUAUGAAUCUGUGUUUAUUUCUGAAGAAAAUUCUUAUCUUGGAAGGCAGGAGGAAUGAAACUAGUGAGGUGAGAGGGUGAGAGUCUAACCAAGAAAAACUAUAAUAUUUAUUCUGUUUGGCUUUGCCCUUCUCUCAGCUGAGCUUCCUCUUUUAGCAUCUUUAUUUUUAACCUAAAAAUAAUCAGUCCAUUUCACAUUCCAAAUUGGAAUUUGCCUUUUUAAAGUAACCAGCAGAGCUAUUAGAACUUUCAGGUUCAUCAGAAGUAAAUUUGCUUAAAACAAAUGCACAAACACACACAAUAGCAAUUCUAGCUAAACCAAAACUGCAUGUUUGGCAUGAAUGUGUUUCAGGAUACCCCUUUGACCACCCACUAUCUUAGUGAGAAACACAUAAAUGUCAAGGGGAUUUUACAUUUUAACUCUCCAAACAGCCUUAUAUAGAAAAUUAACUCAUUACCUCAUUGUAUUCCAUCCAAUCAUAUUGCUUAGGUUUUUUUCUUCUGAAUUUUUAGUACUUUGUCUACCAUUUUUAUUAUAUCAUACCAAAGCUGUCUUAAGUACAAGAAUGGAGAGUGGUCAUGGAUGAGAGAGUCCUUAGUUUCUAAAUCUUUUUUGAACUGUGAAUUAUUAUGUGCCAAAAUGGAAUGUGUGGCAGCAGCUGCAUCAGCAUUGUACCACAGAACAGCUGAAGGAAGUUAUUUCUGCUGUCAUCCAUUAGGAGUUUUCCCUUAGAAAUUCCUUCCCCUCUUUCAAAUACAUGACAUAUUGAGUCUCUCUUGAUCUCUUACUCAAAAGUACACAGCAUAUUCAAAAGCUGCAGUAUCUUGGGUCAAAUUGCUAGCUUCCAUUACAGCAUCAAUAACUUAACUCAGAUGUUAACCCAGACCUUGUGUUUUGCCCCAGUAUGACAGAGGAAGUGUUACUGAUGUAAAACAAAAAAAUAAGAUUUGUAGAGACUCAUGCAUUAAAAUGGAAAAAAAAAAAGAAUGUGUUGUUCACCAGUUUGUUGCACUGCAGUUUUUAUAUUAAUGGGUUGCAGACUGUUUGUCUUGCAUAAACUCAUGUACAGACUAUCAAGAUCUAAAAUUUCUUGAUUAAUCAGUACUGUUCAUCCUGAUUAUUUUUAAAUUGUAUAUUUCUAAUCAUAUUUUUUUAACUUGGAUUGACAGAAUGGGAGUUUAUUUUGCUGAAGGUAUUUUUAAGAUAAAGCUUCAUAUUAUCUUUUAAUAUUAAGUAGUUAAAGAUGCAUUUGUGUCUCAUUUGAAAAUACUACAUAUGGUAUUUGUUUUUAUACAAAAUAUUGAAUAGUGAGAAUUGUAAACAUGGAUUGUUUAAAAUUAAAAAUAAUAUUCAGAAGUUUGUUUUCUCACUCUUAUUUCCAGCAUUCUAAAAAAACUUCAGCAGAAAACCAUCAUAUCUGUAACUCACUGACUCAUAUGUGCUCUGAAAAAUAAUGCAAGAAUCUCAGCUGCGUGAAAACCUUUAAAUAAAGCACAGAUCCUUAAAACAUACCAUUUAUUAAUUUCAAAAAUAGAGAACUUCUGGCUCUACAUUUCAGGGGACUCACUUGGAAAGCAGUAGAAAUUAUAUUUCAAUUGUUGGGAUACUGCUACCCAGUAAAAAAA